ACGUCGUACGUGGCUACAGACCCAAACAGUGUAAGAAGACUCCGCCAGGAAUGCAUCAGCAAAAUGCGGAGUUUACCGGUCAACACGUCAAAAACAGUCCCCGACGUUUGAAUCUCUAAGUUUUGCACAUGAAGCUUGAGGAAGACAGCAUGGCAGAUAUCGAGUCCUCCUUUGAGUUUAGCUCAUCUUUGACCAGCUCUUCGCUGCCUCCUCCACGGACUCGAAUAUUUAAGAUCAUCGUGAUAGGAGACUCUGGAGUUGGCAAGACUUGCCUCACCUAUAGAUUCUGUGCAGGCAAGUUUCCAGACAAGACUGAGGCCACUAUCGGGGUGGAUUUUCGGGAGAAGGUUAUUGAAAUAGACGGCGAGAAAAUCAAGGUCCAGUUGUGGGACACCGCAGGCCAGGAGCGCUUCCGAAAGAGUAUGGUGCAGCACUACUACCGCAACGUCCACGCUGUGGUGUUUGUCUAUGAUGUCACCAAUGCUGCUAGUUUCCGAAGUCUUCCGUCGUGGAUCGAGGAGUGCCGUCAACAUGCCUUGGGUCAAGAGGUGCCUAGAAUUUUGGUUGGCAACAAAUGCGACCUGCGCCACGCCGCUCAAGUAAGUACCGACGUAGCGCAGCAGUUUGCCGAUGCACACUCAAUGCCUCUGUUUGAGACCUCUGCCAAGAACCCUUACGGAAACGACAGCGGUCAGAAUAAUAGUGACCACGUGGAGGCCAUUUUUAUGACGGUGGCGCACAAGCUGAAAUCUCAGAAGCCGCUGAUGUUAAGCCAACCACCGUGUGGAUCAGGAGAUACUGUCACUCUCAGGAGGCAGGACGAGGAGGACAGGGGAACUUGGGGCUGUGGAUGUUGGAGGAGCUAAUGAAGGAGUCACCUCUUACAGGAUGGAGAUGACAAAGGUGAAGCACCUUUUAAAGAAGCAGAUUCAGAGGUACUUUUGUGUUACCAGUGAAGGGUUGAGGACACAGGAACAUCUAUUCUCAAGAUUUCUUUUUGUAUCUGAUCUGGCCAUUAUUUUAAAGGGGGAAAAAAAACAUUCCUCCAUCACUCAAACCAGAGGCUUUGAGAGGUUGCAUGUAGGCCCAUUUGCCUUACAUAUACAAGCUUCAUCUAUUAUGUGUCAGCCUAGUUGAUAUCAUAUGCCACUGCCAAACACACACUACAUUUGCCUAAUAGUUUUAGCCAGUUAUGUAGUUCUGCAGGUGAAUUGAACAAUGAAAUCUUCAUGCAUAACAUGUUGCCUUUUUCAUCAUAUUUUUUAUUUUUUAAAUCUGGUUUAGUCUGUGUUUGUUGUUUGUUCUCUCAUUCUGUGUCACCAACACACAUGCAGACACUUCCUGUGAAAAGAGAAACCGACGAACAAACACUAAAUGCAGGUUAUUUAUAAGUGCUGCUAAUAGAUCUUAGACAAUGUGAGACGAAUUUAAAAGUAAAAUAAUGCUGAUAACCUUUUUUUUCCAAAAAAGAAAGCCAGUCCUAGUCCACUGCCAGUGUUUUAUUUAUUGCCAAUUUAUUUUCUUCUAGCAGCCAUUCAUCUGAAUAAAAUCUACUGUAAAGACAUCCGGGUUAUGCAUGACAACCAGUCCUUCCUAUGAAUCAUGUCAAAAUGUAGGUAAGUUAGGUAAAAAGGGACAAGGAUUCGCUGACAAUAUUUACUUUAGUGUCUACAGGCAGGAUUUGUAUGUAGUAUUGCUUUGUUAGGCAAAUCGAAAAUGAUCUGUACUGUAUAAUUGCAGAUUAGUACCUCAUAUUAUUCAUGCAAUCUGCUCUGUGCAUGGCAUAAAUCUGAACUAAGGGUCUGAUAACAGUCUAUAUUUCAGUGUGUAAUCUAUCAGCACAAAUAUACAGAUAUGCUAUUGGCUAAAUUGUUUUUCCCUUCAGCCAUCUUCUUUCCCACACUGAUACGCAGAACAGAGUUCAAUCCAUUACAGGGAAUAUUCACUCAUGUCUUUAUGUAACCACAGCUGGUCCUGUGGAGUGCAUGAAAGAAGCUCAGGCAUGACAUGCUUUAUUUGUUUUAUGGGGAAUUGCCAAAAAGAUGUUUUGCAUAUGAUUUCUGGUAAAUUUUUUGAAGUAGGUUGGUUAAGGGCCUGAUUAGCUGAUGCAUUGUGUUGUUUGAUUCGGGUACAAUAAUAGGGGAGCAUGUGAUUAGUUGAGGAAUUAGUUGUACACGGUUAAUGAUGGCUCUUAAAUAUUUAAAUGCGACGUUGAAUGCACACUAAGACUUGUUUAUUUGUGCUUAAUGUUUUGACUCUGGAUGCUUACAGAAGGUUCAUAUCUAAUCUAUCUGCCAGAAACAACAUGAGCUUUGAUGAUUUUUGUAGGUUCAUGUUGAACUGGUCUUGAUAAAAACAUACUCUUGGUCUGGAUUCUCUCCACUGUUGUCUGUACUGAUUUUUCUCUUCACCCAAUGUACCAUUUUAAGUGUCCUUCAGAAUUUGUUUUUUUUUGGUCUUCAUUAACACAUUUAUAACAUAGUUAAUGAGGUAAAAUAUGAGCAGAUCUAAAAAAGCCACAAAAACAGCUUGAAAUUUCUAAUCGCAGAAAAUAUAUGGAAGACUAUUAACAUGUUUAAGUGUUACAUUUUUAUUAUAGGUAAUUGUUUAUUACUCUUGGGAUAAUUAUACAUCUUUGCAACCAAAGUGUAUGAGCCAAUUCAUGAUAUCAGGGGUCAGCAGUUGAUAAAAUAGCACCUUGCAAUGCCAGAACUCGAGCAUGCACAACAUAUCUUUACUAGUCAUUUGUCUGAUACAACUCAUGCCUUCAAUGUUGGUCAGUGAGUUUGAGUGCUAUAGUUUUGGGAAAAUAAAGAAACCAUCAAUCCACUAUAAUCAAAGGAGUGCAAAAGAGAUCGAUGCUUGUUGCAGUUUUGGUUUUAACUAUUUCAAUGUUUUACUAAAAAAAAUAAAGUACCACAUCUUUGAAUUUCA